AUGAGCGACUCGGACCCUAUCAAGAACCGCACGCUGAAGUCGAACAUGUUCGAGAUGGACGUGGUCAAGGACGCGUUGCAGCGUCGGAUCGAAGCUGGUGACAUCACCCGCGAAGACGUCGAAACGCUCCGCAAGAGCUACACCUGGGUAUCGGUGUGUACUGCGGUGGGCAUGCUCUCCGGUCUGCCAAUGUACAUUGCGAUGGGGCGGCGUGUGCCUCGCCUCUCGUUUCCAUUCAAGCUCUUCUGUGCGAGUGGGACGAGUAUGAUGGGCACCUUUUUGGGCUUUACGGUUGGUGGAGCGGCAGCGAGCUGGGAGGUGCAUCGGAAGAUGAAGGAUACGAAACGUAAACUCAUGGUGUUCGAGGAAAUCGCGGUCGAUGCGCGCCGCGCAAUCGCCGAGCACCGCAUGGGCAUCCCGCACGGCACGCUGAUCAGCCACCGUGCCGGCGUCCCUGCAAACGACACGUUCACGCCGCCAGGCGAGCUGCUUGAGCCGCCUGAUGACGUGAAGCGCGCCGUUAUGUCAGAGAUGGAGCGCCGUGCCAGCGCUGGUGCCGAUGCGCCCAAGGACGACGACGAGCUGGCGCGCAAGCAGCGCGAGUUUGACGACAUGCUCGACCGCGAGCGCAAGGGCGGAUCUGAGAAGAGGUGGUGA